UGCUCAUUUUCACACGAACAGUAGCGCAAACAUUACCGAGCUCUGCAGUACGAAUCACUGUUUGGGGAGUGCUGGCUCAUUUCUGAUUUGACCAUGUGACCAUUUGGCGAGAACUACAGCAUCAUAUGGUCACCUACUGAACAACACAUUUGGUGUGGGAGAGACAAGCAAUUCUGAGACAAUGCUUUCCGGGGAAGACUCCUUAAAGGUUUUGGCGUCAGUGGUUCCAGUCGCUCUUUGUCUUAUCAUCUGGAAGUUGUGGAACAUGCAUAACUAUAGUCUCAGAGACCGCACAUGCAGCCUGCCACUACCGCCUGGCAGCAUGGGACUUCCUUUGAUUGGGGAAAGUCUUCAUUUUGUGUUAAUGGGUGCCAAUUUCUACAGGAAUAGGCUGAAAUCCUACGGCAGCGUCUCAAAAACCAACAUCCUUGGGAAUCCAACCAUUCUCGUCCUUGGAGCAAAGAACGUCCGCAAGAUAUUGAUGGGAGAGACCUCUCUCGUGGCUUCUUACUGGCCACAAAGUGUCCGGACUCUCAUGGGCGAAGGAACAGUAAGCCACUCCGAGGGACCAAUCCACAAAACACGCAGGAAGUCCAUCGGCAAGGCUUUCAACCACGAGGCCAUGUCUUCUUACCUUCUGGAAUCUCAGGUCACCUUUCGCUAUUACAUAAAGAGAUGGUGCAGCCAAGCAACCGUAUUGGGCUUCGAUGAAUGCAAGAAGCUGUCCUUGAGGUUUGCCUGUCACGUACUGAUAGGCUUUAAAGUCAGCGAGAAAGAAAUCGAAGAACUGAUGGAGUUAUAUGCUGUGUUUGCAGAGGGACUUUUUUCCAUACCUCUGAACAUUCCAGGAUCAGGAUUCCACAAGGGUAUGAUAGUUCGCGAAAAACUGAUGAAGAAGAUCGGUGAAUUUCUGGAUCGACGGAAGGACUGGGUCGGUGCCCCCGAUGCCCUCACGUACAUGAUGAAACUGUCGGAGGAGGUGCUGACACGGACGGAGCUGAAGGAGGUGGUCAUGGAGCUGCUCUUCACCGGACAUGUGACCUCUGGCAGCGCUGCCUGCUCCCUACUCCUCUACUUGGGGAAAAAUAGAGAGGUGCUUAACCACGUAGUCGAUGAACUACGACAACACAACAUCGACGACGAUGAAGGGAAGAUAACCCUUGGACAACUAGGGAAACUGAAGUAUGUAUCUAACGUUGUGAAGGAAGUGAUGCGAAUUGCGCCACCUGUCGGCGGAGGUUUCAGAAAGGCACUCAAAACCUUCGAGUUAGAUGGUUACCAAAUACCCAAGGGGUGGACUGUCGCCUUCAGCAUUCGUGAAGCUCAAGAACAAAGCGACAGUUUCCCAGAUGGAGACAAGUUCAACCCUGACAGAUGGGAUGCUUUGACAAAGGAAAGAGAAACCUUCUUUCCUUUCGGGGCUGGAAGAAGAGUGUGUGUUGGCAAAGAACUAGGAAAGCUCAUGCUUAAAUGUUUCCUUGUCGAACUUGCUGUAAACUGUAGGUGGGAUCUAUUGAACAAAUAUCCAGUUAUUGAGGAAAUGCCUGUUCCUCGUCCAAUAGAUGGACUCCCUGUUGUCUUCUCUUCGCUAAGGAAGCUUGGGAUCUGAAAGACAAAGUAUUGCCAAGGCAGCAAAGUAGCUCUUCCGUUUAUCGUUUACCGAAGUUUUGGAGCUUAUGUAUAUUUCAGCUUUGACGUGUAAUACCAGGACCUUCAGUAGUUAAGUCCCAGAUCUACGUACUGAACAUAGCACCUUCCCAGGGUUAUUUUCGUAUAAAAUAUAUUUCAAUCGGAAGGUGCAAUUUCAGGGCGUAAUUUCGGAUAAAAUACAUUUCAAAUGGAAAGGUGCAAUAUAAGGGCUUAAUUUCUGAUAAAAUACAAUUCAAAUAGGGAGGUGCAAUUGGGAUUAACCAGUUCACGCGGCAAAAUUAAUAUCAGAAAUUAAGCACAAUUAAGCCUUAGUGUAUGAGUAAUAAUUAUGCUUGGGCUUAUACCUACGUAUUCUUCUGGUUUAAACAUUACGUACUCAGGAAUUAAGAAACACUGCUAAUAUUCGGACAUCAAGAUGUCACUAUGAAUUUUAUGAAAAAUCUUUCCCACCCGAGACAAUGAAGCUAUGGAACCAACUGAUGCAUCAACUAAUGGGAUGUUCAAAAUGCUACCCAACUUCACUUUGAAUUAAACUCGAUUCUGUCAGAUAAAUGCACCCCCCGACUAACCUCAAGAGUGCACCUACGCUAUCUGGAAUAAAAACAUACCUCUUCUGACGCUACCACUAAUUGUCUUUACUGCUGUCUGUCUUCUGUAUAUAUGUAUACAUGCAAUGAUGUGCUUUGAGCAUGUCCCUCAGUGAUGUGGAACCGGCGCUAUAUAAAUAUCAUCAUUAUUAUUGUCAUUAUAGAUUCGCUUCGAAAUAUUUGUAAUGGAGAAGUAUUCGCAAAAGCCAUUACGGCUUGUUUACCGAGCCAUAUACUUUUUGAAUAAAAUGUGUUUCAGCCAGAGA